AUGAAGCAGUUUAUUGCAAUUUUCGUCUUAUUAACAAUCAUUUCAGCUUCAAUUUCACAUACACCAUGCGAAUGUGGUGGAGGAUUCGAGGUAUAUACUACGUUAGGAGGAGCUUGUGAUCAAACAUGUUGGUCUUUGGGCGAACCUUGUCCUAUUUGGACACUUGUUCCUGUUAAAGGUUGUAGAUGUUUGGAGGGUUAUGCUAGAAAUAAAUGGGGAAUUUGUGUUGAGAUUAGUGAAUGUAACAAGACAACACCAUGUGAAUGUGGUGGAGGAUUCGAAGAAUAUACGUUAGGAUUAGCUUGUGAUCAAACAUGUUGGUCUUUGGGUGAACCUUGUCCUAUUUGGACACUUCUUCCUGUUAAUGGUUGUAGAUGUUUGGAGGAUACACCAUGCGAAUGUGGUGGAGGAGCUGAAGAGUAUACUACGUUAGGAGGAGCUUGUGAUCUAACGUGUUGGUCGUUAGAUGAACCUUGUCCUAUUAUGACAUUUGUUCCUGUUAAAGGUUGUCGAUGUGUGGAGGGUUAUGCCAGAAAUAAAUGGGGAAUUUGUGUUGAGAUUAGUGAAUGUAAUAAUUAA